UCUGAUAAAUAACGAAUGGCCAAAUAUGCGUUCAAAACGCCCAGCAUGCGCCAGCCUUACAAGCACAGGCUUUCGAUCUUCGCACGUAAGAAAACAGUCGCUGUCCAUCGGCCGCGAGGGCCGGGUGUCAUUCGAAACCGAACUUUGUAUUCGAAAUUCGAAACUGGGAGUUCGAGUCGCGAGUGUUUUGUUUUCAGUGCUUCGAAGUGUUUGUUUUCGAGAAGGAGGCAAAGAAUUCAGCUAGUUCGUACAACAAAAAAAUGCGGGCCUGUUCAACGUGACAGUUCAAAAGGAACCACCAAGAUGUCGUUCAAACAGCUCACAAACAACACUAUCGCUAAGGCCUACAACCAUCUGUUUGUGGAACUAGCAGAUCCUCGCACCAACGACUGGUUUCUCAUCACCAGCCCGAUCCCAGGGCUGACCAUCCUCUACCUGUACCUGAAGUUCGUCAGAACAUGGGGCCCCCGCUACAUGGCCGACAGGCCUCCCUUCCAGUUUCAGAAGACGCUCAUCGUGUAUAACUUCUUGCAGGUGCUUGUUAGCUGCUGGCUGUUCCAUGAGGGUCUAGAUGCGGGCUGGCUCCGAACAUACAGUUGGAAAUGCCAACCCGUCGACUUCUCAGAUAGCCCGGAAGCGAUGCGAGUGGCCCGAGGAGUCUACGUGUACUUCCUAGCGAAGAUGUCGGAGCUCCUGGACACGGUGUUCUUCGUGCUCCGCAAGAAGGACCGCCAGAUCACCUUCCUCCACAUGUACCAUCACACCGUCAUGCCCAUGAUAUCCUGGGGAGCGACUAAAUACUACCCCGGCGGGCACGGCACGCUCAUCGGCGUGAUCAACUCGUUCGUGCACAUCAUCAUGUACUCCUACUACAUGCUCGCUGCCAUGGGACCCAAGUACCAGCGGCUGUGCUGGUGGAAGUCUUACAUCACUACUUUACAAAUGGUCCAGUUCUGCAUAGCAUUCCUCCACUCCUCCCAGCUGCUCUUCUACGACUGCGGCUACCCUCGCUGGUCCGUCGUCUUCACUCUUCCCAACUCUAUCUUCUUCUACUAUCUCUUCUGGGACUUCUACGACAAAGCCUAUAAGAAACCUGAAGCCAAUGGUGCUAAAUCUAAUGGGCGCGUCAAAGAUGGCGUUAAAAAUCAUAAACAAAUGGAAAGCAAUGGGAUUAACAGGAGUAAUAAUAAAAAAGUGAAGUGAAUUGUAUACUGUUUAUGGCGUAUAAAAGAGCUAAGGCAGUUUAAACCUUGACUCUUGUCUUAUUUAGAAAAAAAAAUGCAAAAGGAAAGGUCAUAAAUUGUUGUUUCUGACCUAAAUUGCAUGCUCCUAUGCAGCAAUUGAAUGGUAACAAAUUCGUUUGCCUUGUUUUUAAAUGUACCAUUUAAUGUUGUACCUAGAUUAUUUUGGGUCGAUUACAAAAAAAUGUUUUAAAGAUAAAUUAUUAAAUUUUUGAGGCAAGAUUGGUUUACAGACGAUUAUACCAAUUGCGCAAAUUAGUAGCUUUACUUAAUAAGUCACCAUUUGUUUAUUGCUUAAGACAACUAAUGAAAAUCAUGAAAAAAAAUAAUAAUACACGCCAUGUAGAUUUGUAAAUAAAAUGUUAUUCAACUGUUUACAUAAUAAAGCACAAUCCUUGUUUACAUUGUACAUAAAGGCAUUUUAAGUAGGUAUAAAUUAGAAUGUUUUAAAUAUAAACGCAUGCUCAAUGUACUUAUUUAAAAUGUAAUAUUAAUUGUAUAAUUGUUUAUUAUUUUCACUGUGUAAAACACGGCCUUCAGGGGCCCACUGAUUAGUGAUUACUGAUUACCAGUUCGCCGGACGAUAUCUGCCUGUCA